AUGGCGGACAUAGAAGGACCCAGCACAGGACCAACUACGCCGUUGGGCGCCCCGUCGUUGGCUUCCUUCUUGGGACUUUUACCUCCGCCCGGAUUCUCCUCCAUCGCCAUACCGAUUCCCAAGGGCUCCAUCUAUCUCAACCCCAUGCUCACCGAGGAGCCUUCAUCCAUCACGAAACCCGUCAGCGCCCCUACUUCGCCCUCUGUGUUGCCCGCUCCCCCCAAAAAGGCCGAGCCAAAUGGUGCCUUUACCCUACUCAUUGUGAAUGACAAUCCGAUAGAUAGAAAGAUUCUUGCAAAGAUCUGCGAGAGAUGGGGCCAGCCGUAUGAGAUGGCCGAAAAUGGCCAGGAGGCUGUUGAAAUGUAUAAGCGAGAUCCAGUCAAAUUUAGAUGCAUCUUGAUGGACCUCGUCAUGCCAGUAAUGAACGGAUUCGAGGCUACGGAACAGAUUCGCAAAUUCGAGGAGGAUUCGUGGAAUACCUACUCAGAAUACCUCUCCUCUCCGUCCUCCUCGCGAAAGAACGUCGCCUCACCAGAACCAGUCCGGCGCUCCGUCAUUGUCGCGCUGGCACCCUCGUAUGCCGUUGCAGGGAUCCACCAACGGAUCGCCAACGCUGGAUUCGACCUGUCCAUGUGCCGGCCGCUGUACCCCAACACCAUUUGCAACAUGUUCUUUAGCGGUCCGGGCGUCAACGUGGUUGGCCUGCUCGGCGGUGUCGACGACGAUCAGCUCCGGGCCGCGGGCUAUCCGCUCAAGGUGGUGCGGCGCAAGCCAAGCAGUAUCGGCGAACGAGAAAUGGGCGAGGCCCUCGGCCGCGCUGUUGCUUAA